AUAAUAAACUAAAAGAUAAAACCGAGUAUACUAAUUUGCUUGAUAGUUUGAAAAAGAUUGGUGGUGGAAAGCUAAGAGAACAUGUUUUUUUGAUCAUGAAAAGGUUAUUUUCGAAUCAGUUACAGUCCAAAUUUAAUCGAAAAGGAAAUGGGGAAAAGAUAAGCUUAGAAAAUCUGGUAAAUAUAUGGAGUGUUUUACGAGGUAUAGUUUUAAUAGUAUUUACGAAACUGAUAUCUGUAUUAAAAAGAUAUUCUUCGACUUUUUUGUGUCAUGCUCGAAUUUUUGUAUCCAUAAUACAAGUUCCUUUAGUUUUUUUACAAAACAAGUGCAACUUUUUUGGUUUGUUUCAUUUUCUCAAGUCUGGUCCGUGUCAACGUCACGGAAGUUUUUUAAUAAUUAAAGGAAGUAUCCAGAAGUUUCCAGAAAUAUGCAGAAACUUUCAGAAGUUUCCAGAAGAAGCAUCAGGAAGGAUCCAGAAGUAUCCAGAAACAUUCAGAAGCAUUCAGACGCAUCCAGAAGCUUCCAGAAGUAUUGAGAAAAAGCAUCUAGAAUUUUCCAGAACAGGUUCACACAGGUUCAUUUUACUAUAUAUAAGACAAAUAAUUCAGUCAGUAUAUGGAAGUCAAUCAGUCAGUAUUAUCAAGACAGUUUAUCGAAGUGAGUUUUAUCAAAGUGUUUUAUCGAAGAACAUCGAUACCAGAAGUGAUUUCAGUUCAGAAGUGAUUGGUUAUUUAUUUUUAUUAUUUUUAUGACUUCAAGUGCAAAAAUGGUUCCCGACAGUCUUGGAUUUUAACUAAGAGAGAAAAUUAUUUGCGAUUACUUAAGUGGAAUGUCACAAAAAAGUAUUUGUGAUAAAUAUCGCGUGAAAAAAUAGAUCGUAUCAAGACUAUGUUUCAAAUAUUGUUUCACAGGAAAGUUGGCAGCAGAUAACAAUGGUGGAAGACCUCGUUCCACCACUUCUAGAGAGAAUUCUAUGAUCGUCAGAUCUGUCAAGAAGGAUCCCUGGAUAUCAUCAGUUGAGAUACAAAAGCAAUUAGAGCUGCCUGUACGUCAAGCCGCCGGAAAACGCCUUUAUUUACGUUACUGCCAUAAGACCGUGAAGCAUGGUGGAGGCAAUGUAAUGGUCUGGGGGUGUUUUUCUUUUACGGUUUAGGUCCAAUACAUCGAAUCGAUGG